UGUCCAACUUACCAAAAAACACAAAAAUAAUUACACAUGAAAUUGAACAAAUAUUGGGUGAUCUUGCAAUCGGUGUACUUGUAACCAAAAUGCGUUAUUUCAAAUUUCCCAUGCUCCUUUUGUCUCUCUGGUUAAUUACCUUGCUUAGCCUUACCAAAACUGAAUCAGCACCCACUUACAGCGCUCACUUUUGCUCAAACUCAACAUUCUUCAUCGCUAACAGUACCUACCAAACCAACCUCAACCUCGUCCUCUCUUCUCUUAACUCAAACGCCACAAACAACAACAAUAAUGGAUUCUACAACGCCUCAGCUGGAGACAACCCAGCUGACGACGUGGUCUCUGGUCUCUUCCUUUGUCGUGGCGACGUCAACACGGCCGUCUGUCAAGACUGCGUCGCCACUGCAAGCAAACACAUGUUGCGGCGAUGCCCUCUAGACAAAGUCGCUAUAAUAUGGUACGAAGAGUGCCUUUUACGUUACUCUAACAAAUCCAUCUUCGCUACCAUCAACGAAGUCCCUCAAAUAUUCUUGAGUAGUACGCAGAAUAUCACAGGGGCAGAGAAUGAUCGGUUUAACGAUGUGUUGGCCAAAGCGAUGAAUUCUUUGGCGACGAGAGCGUCGAACUCUGAUUCGGGAAGGAAGUUUGCGACGGAGGAAGAUGAAUUCACGAGUUUAAAGUCGCUGUACAGUCUUGGUCAGUGCACGCCGGACUUGACUGUCUCUGAUUGCUCUAGGUGUUUUCAAAGUGCCAUAGGAGCUCUUCCUACGUGUUGUAAUGGAAAACAAGGUGGAAGAGUUCUGCUCCCAAGUUGUAAUAUUAGAUAUGAACUGUACCCAUUUUACAACAUCACAUCUGCUUCGCCUAUAGUUCCUCCUCUUACUCCUGCAGGAGAAAACAAAAUGUCAUCGCUAACAAUUUUGGUCGCCAUUGCUAUCCCAAUUGCUGUUUCUGUGGUUCUUUUCUUCAUUGGCUGUUGCUUCCUUCGUAGGAGAGCAAGCAAGAAGUUCAAUACUUUACCGGAGGAAAAUGGUGAAGUCGAAAUUCCAGAUGUAGAGUUCUUGCAAUUUGGCUUGGAUACAAUUGAAGCUGCCACAAACAAGUUCUCAGAUGAUAAUAAGAUAGGUGAAGGAGGAUUUGGUGCCGUUUACAAGGGUACCCUUCCCAAUGGAGAACAAAUAGCUGUGAAAAGAUUAUCUGUAAGAUCUGGGCAGGGUGCAGUAGAAUUUAAGAAUGAAGUUGUAUUGGUAGCCAAACUUCAACACAGAAAUCUAGUGAGACUAUUAGGAUUUUGUUUGGAAGGAGAAGAUAAGUUGCUCAUUUAUGAAUAUGUGCCCAACAAAAGCCUUGAUCACUUAUUAUUUGAGCCAGCGAAGCAAGGAGAAUUGAAUUGGUCAAAGCGUUACAAGAUUAUAGAAGGAAUUGCUCGAGGGAUUCUUUAUCUUCAUGAAGAUUCUCGACUUAGAAUUAUUCAUCGUGAUGUCAAAGCUAGCAAUGUUUUGUUAGAUCACAAUAUGAACUCAAAAAUUUCAGAUUUUGGCAUGGCAAGGAUAUUUGUAGAAGACCAAACUCAAGCAAAUACAAAUAGAAUUGUUGGAACAUUUGGUUAUAUGUCUCCGGAGUAUGCUAUGCAUGGAAGAUAUUCUGUGAAGUCCGAUGUGUUUAGCUUUGGAGUCUUGAUUCUAGAGAUUAUAAGUGGAAAAAAGAAUACCCAUUUCUAUCAAUCAGAACUUUCUGAGGACCUCUUGAGUUAUGCUUGGAAAGAAUGGAGGAAUGGAACGCCCUUGGAAUUGUUGGAUCCCUCUCUGAGAAAUUCUUUUUCUAGAAAUGAAGUUAUUAGGUGCAUCCAUAUUGGCUUAUUGUGCAUUCAAGAAAAUCCUGCAAAUCGACCAACAAUGGCAACAAUAGGUCUCAUGCUUAACAGUUAUUCUGUUACGCUACCAUUACCUCAGCAGCCAUCAUUUUUGCAUCGAAGCAGAGCAAAUCUAAACAAGCCAAUGACGGAGCUUGAGUCUGGUCAACAUAAAAGCCAAUCAUGAAUGGUCUGUUAAUGAAGCAUCAUUCACUGAAAUAUAUCCUUGAUAGUUUGACUAGACAAGGUGCUUUCCAAAAUCAGUAGAUAUUAGUAAGUGGCGGAACUUCUAUUCUAGCACUCAGAUAGCCCUUGUUUAUGGAUUGAAAACUGUAAACAAUCGUAAAUAUAAGUUCCCUGUCAUUUAGAUCUGACAUUAGUACAAUAUCGAUGUUGUGUGUCAA